CGGUAAAUCUUCAUGUGGACAGGUCGCCCAGAAAACAGAUGGAACAAAGGCAUGAUGAUCCUGACAGAUAAUUAGGCAACCCAUGAAUGAUGGCUGUUGUUUGAAGUACGCGAAGCUGGCGCCAUGGAUGGCCCCGCAAGCCCCUCCAACUGUCGCCCGCGGCAUGGCAUUGUAAUGACUCAUUCAGCACAUAAGCGUACACUAGGUAAGAUGAAGGAUGAAGAGGUAACUCAUGUUUAACAUCAAGAUUCAAAAUUUCCUCCAUAUACGCCUUCGUCACUAAGAAUUCGACACGGUCUACCAGCGUGGAACAUCCCUGUGCAUUUGCGACCAAUCACUAUUGAUCUUUCGAAGUCAUCACAUGAACUGAAACAAGACAAACAGUGAAGAGGAACUCGUGGAGCAAACUUAUCAUAGUAUGCACACAACGAGUUGGCGAGAACAGAGAUAAUCAAUGGGGAUAAACAUGGCGUCGCCUGGAGCCCACGACGUAACUCGAAAACCAUAUACCGGGUCUUGCCACUGCGGCUUCAUUAAAUACGUCCUGCACGUCACACUACCUGCAGACCCGAACGUAUCUGGUGCGGAUUUAGAUCCCGCGAUGUUCUCAAAGAUCUACAGAUGUAACUGCACGACAUGCCACAAGAUGGGCUAUAUGCAUUGCCGGCCUGUCAGCAUGACCGACGACUUUCGUCUUCUAUCACCGCUCAUAGACAAGCAUGGUAACGCUGAAGGCCUGGGGGUAUAUCAAUGUGGAGGCAUGUAUGCGUCGUGGUAUUUCUGCCAGCGUUGUGGAUGUAGAGCUUUCACUAUCACGAAGCCAGAAGGCGGGCAGAUUGUGAAGGUGAAUAUGGGGGAACUCAUGGAGCAAGGAUCGAAGGGUGAAUUGAAGGAAGCAUGGAAGGCGUCAGAUAGCGUGAAGUAUCUGAGCGUCAACGCAGUCACGAUUGACGCGGGGCAAGGAGAUGGGCUGAGGGAGUGGACAGAAAGGAAGUGGGUGUAUUAUCUGGAGCGUUUCAAGACCACGGGGCACAAUAUAAGCUGGGAUCGACCUUUUGAAGCUGGUAUGUACUGAUAGUAGGAGACGUGACUUAUCAGAUCAGCUUUGGUGCGGAAUCAACCAUCGUUCUUUCUCAUCAA